CGUGUGAAUAGCGUGCGCGUUUCACGAUAAGGAAGCAAUAUGAGAAAUUUCGACGUGAAAUUAGAUAAAUUUAAAUGAUACGAAAUUUUAAUUUAAUUUUUUUUAUGAAAUUUUGAGUUUGAAAAUUUCCUGUAAAGGUCAGUCAACUGAAUCAGAACUAUACAUAGCUAGAAAUCUUAUUUAAAUGUUUGCGGAGGCUUAGUUGAAGGCUACGAUGAUUUUUUAUCAUGUAAAAAUGAUAAGUUGCUCUCAGUUAAUCUUAUUUUUUUGUAAUUUUUGUAAGCGUUGUUGUCAGUUAAAAUCUAAAUUUCAAACGAUUCAUACAUAAAAUUCCAAAAAUGUCUCUAAAACUUCCAAAAUUCUUGAAUAAAUCGUAUUUGGAACGGAUUUUACAGCAAAAUGAAGGCGAUUCAUCAAUUUCUGUUGAGAAUUUCGAAUGCAAACCCGCCGUUGCAGCUGGAAAUAAUUAUGCAAGUCAACUUUUACGAACAACGGUAAAGUACAAAAAGGAUGGAAAGUGCUGCGAAAAGUCGUUGAUCAUCAAAACCGUUAACGCGAAUGAGGAGAUAACCAAAAUCCUCACUAAAAGUGGUUUCUUUGAAAAAGAAAUCAUCAUGUACGAUCGUAUUUUACCGAAAUUCCAAAAAUUACUCGAAAGUAUCGGAGAUAUGGAUAAAAUUUAUUCGCCAGCAGUUUUUGUGGAUCACGAAAAUUCAACGAUAAUUUUUAAUGAUCUCAAGCAAGAAGGAUAUGAGCUUGCGGAUCGCUUAAACGGCCUUGACGAGGAUCAUAUAAGACUUUUAAUGCGAAAAAUCGCCAAAUUUCACGCUUGUUCGAUGAUUUUAAUGGAAAAUGGCGAAGAAGAUUUUUCGGAUUUUCAAGAAAAACCAACAAGUUCUGCUUCGGCCUCUUUCGACAAAGCCAUGCUUGGUGCCUGUUUGGAGCAAAUGAAGACAUGGCAAGGAUACGAAAAGUACGUUACAAAAAUGGAAAAAUUAAGAGAGAAAUUUACAAUGCAAACACGUGAAACGCUUAAAAAGUCAAAUAUUUUGCCAAAUGUUUUGAAUCAUGGGGAUUUGUGGGUGAAUAAUAUGAUGUUCAAGUACAAUAAGGAGACUCGAAAGCCAGAAGAUCUUGUUUUGAUCGACUUCCAAGUUGGUUAUAUAGGACCUCCAGUGAUAGAUUUGAUGUAUUUUACAUUGACUUCCACGCAUUUGGACAUCAAACUAAAUCGAAAUUGGGAAAUAAUUGCAAUGUAUCAGGAUAAUUUAGCUCAAAUCUUGCAGAAAUUUGGAUUUAAAGGCAAAAUUCCUACUUUGUUCGAAAUUCAGUGUCAAAGAAUCGAGCGACAAUUUUACGAAAUUUUGGCUCUAGUUGCAAUUUCUCCUGUAAUACUGAAUGAACAAGAAGAUCACGCAGAUUUAGAAGGUUUGGUGGGCGAUUCGCUUGAAUCCAAGCAAUUUAAGGAACAAAUGUUUAAAAAUUCAAAAUUCAUUAAAACUCUCAAGCAUUUCUUGCCGAUUUGGGAUAAAAUGGGACUUUUGGAUCCGUUGCAUUAAUUUGUUUUAGUUAUUUUGCACCUGUAGUAUAGUUCAAAUAUUUUUUUUUAUUUUUAAAGGGCUAAAAAUAAAUAAAAUUGGGAGACUUAGAUAAAAGAUU